AUGAGUGAUUCCCACGAUAAGGAUACACCUUCCACUCGAUUGACAUCACUCUUGCCACCAAGUGGAGGAGGAUUACAACCCAAACGAAAGCGCGAUGGAGACGAACCGACCAACGAAGGCAGCAGUGGUGUAGUUGGAAAAUCACUUCUUGGUCUCGAUCGAUUGGCAGCACGCAAACGAGAAGAACAAACCCAGUUUCAAAAGCCAGCGAAGCCACACCCAAAACGAAGCUAUCGGCGCAGUGAUACGGAUACACCAUCGCAUCCUGGAGGUGUAAAUCAGGAUGCUUACCAUCGUGUGCGACAGCAAGACCAGCGCCGUCAACAGCGAGGACAACGGCAGCACCGACCUUAUAAUGAUCGAUAUCGUGAUGACGGUAAUGACUACGGUCGAAGAAAAGACGACCGAGACCGCCGAUACGAAAGGGAUGAUCGAUAUGACAAUCGCCGCAGACGGGAUGAUAUGGAUCGAAGCUCGACCAGAAGCGAGAAUAGAUAUAGGUCAGACCGUAGAGAUUCCUCACGAGACAACUCUAGAUCGCACGACCGAAAUUCGAGCAGCCGAUAUGGCAGCAACCAGCGGAGUGGUGAUCAGGACCGCUCAAAGAUGCCACCACCAUCAGAAAUUACACAGUCCACAAAUGCAACUUCAUCGAGUACUAGACCAUCGAAUCUUAGGUAUAAGCACGAAGCUGUGUCAAGACUCGAUGCUCCGACUCCAAUGUCGCGAAACACUUCUGCUCGUCGAAAUGUGGCCCUUACACCAGCAUCCUCACGAUCUGGUUGGGAUGAGACACCAUUGCAAGGUCAGAGAGAUGGGGACAACAUUCCGCAGCCUGAUGACGAAGACUUUGACCGAAACUUCUACUUGGAUCAGGAGGAAGGAGGAUAUGUUUUGGAUAGCAAUGACCAAGGAGACAUGGGACGUUUCCUAUUCGAAAAUUCUAAAACAAAAGCGCGAGAAGAGGAAAUGGAAAAGAAACGAAUGAAUCGUUACAACCCUAGAAAAGCUGCGAUGCAAGAUGAUCAAGAUGCUUGGGAAGAAAAUAGGCUGCUUAGCAGUGGGGCUGCAGUCAGAUCAUCUGUGGAUUUGGAAAUCUCCACAGACCAAGAUACGCGAGUGACUCUUCUUGUUCAUCAAGUUAAGCCUCCCUUUUUGGAUGGACGGGUUUCCUUCUCUACGAUUCGAGAAGCUGUACCGACCGUUAAAGACUCGAGUUCUGAUUUUGCAAAGAUGGCAAGAGAAGGAUCAGCAACCCUGCGCCAUCUUCGAGCCACAAAAGAGAAGAAUACAAUGCGUCAGAAAUUCUGGGAAUUGGGCGGUACUCGAAUGGGAAAUGCAGUUGGUGUGAAGAAAACUGAAGGAGAGGACGACGAUGACACUGCCCAAAACAAAAAAGAUCAGCAAGACACAAAUGCCGAUGGGGAAAUCGACUACAAGAAAUCGUCAGGCUUUGCGCAGCAUAUGAAGAAUUCAAAGAAAGACGGUGCCGUAUCUGCAUUUGCCAAGUCGAAAAGUAUUCUACAGCAAAGGGAAUACCUUCCAGUAUUUAGUGUUCGUGAUGAACUAUUGAAUGUUAUUCGGGAGAAUACUUGCGUUGUAAUUGUUGGUGAGACAGGAAGUGGAAAGACUACGCAAUUGACGCAGUACCUCAUGGAGGAAGGAUAUUCACAGUUUGGUUUGAUUGGCUGUACGCAGCCACGUCGUGUUGCAGCCAUGAGCGUUGCGAAGCGUGUGAGCGAAGAAGUUGCUGCCGGGGUGAAAGAUGCUGGAAACCCUUCUGCCGAAAAAGAAGAACUUGGCGGAAAAGUCGGAUACGCCAUUCGAUUUGAAGAUUGCACAACAGAGCAUACCCUGAUCAAGUAUAUGACAGAUGGUGUGCUUCUUCGCGAAUCGCUAAAUGAUCCUGAUCUGAACAAAUACAGCUGUAUUGUCAUGGAUGAAGCCCACGAGAGGUCACUCAAUAGUGACGUUCUGUUUGGAGUUCUGAGGAAAGUUGUCAGUCGCAGAUCUGAUAUCAAAUUAAUUGUCACUUCGGCUACGCUAAGUGCUGAUACAUUCAGCAACUACUUUGGUGGAGUCCCAGUCUUUCGGAUCCCAGGUCGUACCUUUCCAGUUGAAACAUACUAUGCCAAGAGUGUCCAGGAGGAUUAUGUCAUGGCAGCAGUGAAACAGGCAAUGCAGAUCCACUUCAACUCUCCACCUGGAGACAUUUUGAUUUUCAUGACGGGUCAAGAAGAUAUUGAUGGAACUUGCAGCGUACUUGCAGAAAAGAUAGAACGGCUUGGGGAAGAUGCUCCACCAUUGUUGGUGCUACCGCUUCACUCUUCCCUACCAGCAGAUAUGCAAGCGCGUAUCUUUGAGGCGGCUCCUAAGGGCAUUCGAAAGGUCAUUGUGUCAACGAAUGUUGCCGAAACAAGUCUAACCGUUGAUGGAAUUCGGUAUGUGAUCGAUUCUGGAUUUUGCAAGUUGAAGGUGUAUAAUCCCAAGAUUGGCAUGGAUGCUCUUCUAGUGACUCCUGUAAGCAAAGCAAAUGCGAACCAAAGAAGUGGAAGAGCAGGGCGUACUGGUCCUGGAUACUGCUUCCGUCUGUAUACAGAUAGGCAAUACAGGGAAGAACUCAUGGAAAGCGCUGUCCCAGAAAUUCAAAGAACAAACUUAAGCAAUGUCGUUCUCCUAUUGAAGUCGCUGGGAAUCAAGAACUUGUUGGAGUUUGACUUUAUGGACCCUCCUCCUCAAGAGAAUAUCAUGAAUUCGCUUUAUCAGUUGUGGAUUCUUGGGGCUCUUGACAAUACUGGUGAUCUCACGAAGGUUGGGCGUAAGAUGGCUGACUUUCCAUUGGAUCCGCCACUGAGCAAGAUGCUACUUUUUGCGCACGAAAAGGGAGGCUGCUCAACUGAAGUUUUGAUCGUAGUUAGUAUGCUGAGUGUUCCUAGCGUCUUCUUUCGACCAAAGGAUAGAGAAGAAGAAUCUGACGCUGCAAGAGAAAAGUUCUUUGUUCCAGAAUCUGACCAUUUGACUUUACUGAAUGUGUAUCAGCGAGCAAAGCAAUACAGGUUCGAUGCCGAUUGGUGCACCAGGCAUUUCAUUCAUGCCAAAGGUAUUCGAAAAGCACGGGAAGUCCACGCACAACUAUUGGAUUUGAUGAAGCAGCAAAGAUUGGAUCCAAUCAGCUGCGGAGGCUCUUGGGAUGCUGUUCGCAAAUCAAUAUGCUCUGCAUAUUUUUUCAACAGUUCAAAGCUUAAAGGAAUUGGGGAGUACACCAACAUGCUCACCGGUAUACCCUCCUCGCUGCAUCCUUCUAGCGCUCUGUUUGGUCUUGGUUAUACGCCAGACUAUGUAUGCUACCACGAACUUAUUUCAACAUCAAAGGAGUUCAUGUCUUGCGUGACUGCUGUGGAUGGGGAAUGGUUGGCAGAGCUUGGGCCAAUGUUCUUUUCCAUCAAAGAGUCUUUUGAGACGACUCUUCGGAAACGACAGGAGAAAAAGUUGGAACAAGCGACGAUGGAGAAGGAACAUGCGACAAAGGCCGCGAACGAAGAACGAGACAGCACAGCAGAAUCCAAGAGGUUGUCGAAACUUCGAACCUCAAGAAAUCGAAGUGUUGUGGCUACACCCGGCAGAAAAUCUAGCUCUACGCCUAAAAGGUUUGCCCCCAAAUCAAAAGGUCGUCGAGUUGGUCUUUAG